AAGCAACAAGUAGCUCAAAAUUUCGUUUCUCAAGGAGUUGGGAAGAGGGCCAUUUGUGUUUGGGAAAAUUGGGAAUCAAAAUUCAGAAAUUUCCAAAAAUUUUUUCAUCAAAAUUUCGGCCUUAUAAUAACGGGCCCACAGCAAUCCAAAAGCAGUCACUCUCUCUGUAUCUCAAACAAAAGCAAAAGCAUAGCUUUCAAGAAUAAGCCUCGGAUCACAUAAGCAAAGGCCAGAGUUUUAAGCCUUUCAAUACAAGAUACCGCUUGAAUUACGGACCAACCAAACCAAAAUUUGCGAUGAUGGAACCAUCUCCUCAAAGCCCCAAUUACCUAAUCCAACCAAUCUCACUGUCACCACCAUAUUUGCCGUCGCCGUCACCGCCGCCUCCGCUGCCAUUAGAACCACCACCACCAUCUCCAACACCCACCAAGCCUAACCAGUUUCUGUCUUUGAUAUCCAAAAGACCCUCCGUCAGUGUGACUUCAGAGUUUGACAGUGAAAGCCGCAUAUUCUUUCACAGGGUGUCGUGUAAGCUGUUUGACAACCUUGCCAAGCUCAAAUUCUCCUUCCUCAACAAAAGCAAACGCGAGAUCUCGGAGCCCCAAUUGGCUUUAACUUCAAAGCACUUGUCCAUCCACUACGAUCCUGAAGAACAAAAUGCCCUCAUCAAGAGCUCCUUCGAUGUGGGUCCUAUGCUGCAUUUUAAAGCUACCCAUGAUGUCAAGGCACAACAAGGUGAGGUGGCAAUGAUUGCAAACUCCGCUGAUACCAGCUAUGCUGUCGAAGUGUCAUCACCUGUUCCAUAUGUUGGUUUGCCUAAAGCAACAAUUAGAUUCCCCAUGGGUGAAGUUACAUUAGAGGAGAGAGAAGAGGAAGAAGUUCCAAGAACAUUUUCAAUAAAUGGAAUUCUUAAAAGUCCAAUUUGGAAUGGGGUUUGUUCUGCUUAUUACAUGGAUGAAGAACUGAAACUAAGAUACUCAUAUAAGGAUGGGGCAAUGUCAUUUAUUCCUAGCGUUUCACUGCCAUCAAAUGCCUUAUCAUUUGCAUUCAAGCGGCGUUUCAGUCCAUCUGAUAAAUUGAGCUACUGGUACAAUUUUGAUUCAAACUAUUGGAGUGCUGUGUACAAGCACACAUAUGACAAAGACUACAAAUUCAAAGCUGGCUAUGAUUCAGAGGUUCGUCUUGGCUGGGCUUCUCUAUGGGUUGGAGAUGAAAACGGAAAGGCAAAGACAGCCCCAAUGAAGAUGAAGGUCCAGUUCAUGCUCCAGGUACCACAGGAUGACAUUAAGUCAUCAAUGUUAAUGUUCCGUGUUAAAAAGAGGUGGGAUAUAUUGUAGUCCCAUGCACGGGACAGCCGUUUCUUGUUUCUCAUACAUUCCCUCUUUAUAAUGGCUUAGUUUAGAACACUUUGUAACCGAUGCUAAUCGCUAUAAAAUGACAUCAGUUGGUUGAUAAAGUUAUUCUUAAAACAAUUUGUUUUACUAUGAAUUGGUCGAUGUCCCUCUUGCCUCUGGGGACAUAAUGAAUUUGGAAGGCUGAGGAGUAGCCAUGAAGUGAGAUGAAAUCGCUCAUUGGAAUUGAUGGAAUGUGUGUUUGACUUGAUGGUAAAUACAUGAACUUCUUACUGGAAGAGUCGAAUUAAAAUCUCCUCUUGUUCUUAGGAAUUCAAUCAUUGCCUCCUUUGAUUUUAUGAGGAAGGAAAAGUUGUCAAAUGGCUGGUUUCUGCUUCAAACCACGUCAGUUGUGAAAUUGUUGAAUCGAGUAUCUAAAAUUCUUUAAUACUUGACAAAAGAAUAACGAAAAAACCAAUUCAGCAACGGCAACAGAAAGCAACACCACUUUGCUGGUUCCAUCGCUUUUCUAUUUCGGCCGCCGGCCAUCAGCUUGCUGUUUCAGCAUCUAACACGCAAAAGGUGGUUUAAUUGGCUUUAACAAAUUAUUAAGCUGAUUUGCACUUACAGAAUAAAUGCAUAAAUAUUAAAUAGUUUCAAGAUCACGUGUUUUUCCUGCUGUAACCUUAACAGUAAAAGUACAAUUCACUAACAUUAGUCUGUAAAUUGCAAUGAUAAAAACUGUCGUGAGGAUCUGUUAUGUUCCAAAAUCAUUUGCCUUUGCAUUGCAUGAUAGCAAGCAGCUAAUCGACAGAGUACAAAAUUAUAUUAUUGUGCCGGUCAAAGUGAAUCUUAAUGCAGCUCCAAAUUGAUAAAACACAACCAAUGAUUAUGUGAUUUGUUAACAGAAUAUUAAACUUUUAAUUGUAGUAAUAAAAAUCAAACU